CUUCAACCCUGUCACCUCUCUCUCUCUCUCUCUCUCUCUCUCUCUCUAACAUGUCCCCAAGGAAAGCAGGGAACAAGCCUCCCACCGCCGCCGACUCCUCCAGCGGUGGUGGAAGGACAGCAAGGAGGAGGACGGUGGAUACUGUUGAAUCCGAAGAAUUAGAGGACGGUACAGGAGGUGGAAUAUUUGCUGCCGGACAUGGCCACCAGGCCCACCACUACCACCACAAGCACCGCUCGCCGGCGGAUUGUUACGACAUGUUGCGGAAGGUGCAUUCAACGUGGAGAUUUUUAAGGCCCGGGAGGAACCUGGGCCGUUGGAUUUCGGGUGCUCUCAUGUUGCUGGUGGUUUGCACCACGUUUGCCAAGUUUUCGCUAAUGAGUGGCAUUCCUGAAUUGGACGAGACCAGGAGAGGCAACGAGUUCCUGAUACGGCCGCGGCCGGAGGUUAACGGUGGUUCAAACAUGCCUCAGAAUGUUGUGACGGAGCACGGCAACCCUGGCAGCCUCAGGCAUUAUCAGACUCUUGAAAUUUGGAGGAAGCCCAGAAGUGACAACUUCCACAAAUGCGUUAGUCGAACGCCAAAGGAAACAAGGAAUGGAACUGCCACAAAUGGGUACAUUCUAGUUCAUGCAAAUGGGGGAUUAAAUCAGAUGAGAACUGGGAUAAGCGAUAUGGUUGCUGUCGCAAAGAUUAUGAACGCUACUCUUGUUCUUCCCACCUUGGAUCACGAGUCAUUUUGGACCGACCCCAGUGAUUUCAAAGAUAUCUUCGAUUGGAAGCACUUCAUAACAGCUUUAAAAGAUGAUAUUGAAGUGGUGGAGUCUCUACCCAAAAAAUUUGCCAAAGUGAAGCCCGUGCUCAAAGCCCCGGUUUCUUGGUCAAAGGCAUGUUAUUAUAGAGGAGGACCUCUUACACUGUUAAAGAAUCAGAAGGUAAUAAAGUUCACCAAAACCGAUUCACGCCUGGCAAACAAUGGCCUCUACAGUUCUAUCCAACGGCUCAGAUGCCGUGCAAUGUAUGAAGCGAUUCGGUAUACUGCAGAAAUCGAAGAGCUCGGAAAGGUGUUAGCGAACAGACUUCGGAACAACAGUGAACCCUAUAUUGCUCUCCAUUUAAGAUACGAAAAGGACAUGCUUGCUUUCACAGGCUGCAGUCACAGCCUCAACUCAUCAGAGGCCGAGGAGCUUCGGAAACUGAGGUACAAAGUGAGACACUGGAAGCAGAAGCGGAUCCACGGAGAAGAAAGAAGACUCCAAGGAGGGUGCCCCAUGACCCCAAGGGAGGCUGCCGUGUUUCUUGAGGCCAUGGGGUACCCUUCUGCCACCAGAAUCUACAUAGUUGCAGGGGAGAUUUAUGGAAAAGAAGGGCUUGAACCGCUCCGCACCAAGUACCCAAACAUAUACUAUCACUCGACCCUUGCAACACAGGAAGAGUUGAAACCUUUCAACCAGUUGCAUAACCAAUUAGCUGCCUUGGACUACAUUGUAGCAAUUGAGAGUGAUGUUUUUGUGUAUACCUAUGAUGGAAACAUGGCUAAGGCGGUCCGGGGUCACCGGAUCUUCGAAGGGUUCCGGAAAACCAUCAGUCCUGACAAGCAGAGCUUUGUGAGACUAAUCGACGAAUUGGACCAGGGUAAGUUGGCUUGGGUGGAAUUUUCAUCCGAGGUCAAGAGGCUACACGCAAAUAGGAUCGGAGCACCACAAUAUAGAGAAGUCAGACCUAUCCCAAGGACGGAGGAGUACUUUUACGCAAAUCCUUUCCCUGGAUGUAUUUGCGAUACAUCCUGAAUGUGGAAUGAGCAGCAAGAGCAUAACAGAUAUGACAUGAAGCUAAAUGCCGAAAAGAGCAUUUGAGGAUCAUAGAUCCUUAACUGCGUAGAAAUCUGGCUUGUGCCUCCAAGCAUGUGACACCUAUUUACUUAUGCUGUAGCUGAAGCUGAUAUGGAUGUGCGCACACAUUCUCGCUUUCUAUUGAUAGAUUGAAGUAGAAGCAGUGUCAUCCACAGAGCAGAGCCAAGACCGCAAGAACAUGCCAUCAUACACACAUACACGGUUUUUCAUUUCUAUGUAUAGGUUAAAGAAUCAAAGGCAGGUGACAUAGGGGUUUUAUAUACGAAAACUUUUUUUUUUUUCUGAACUGUACGCGAAAACAAGUUAAUCCCAUAAUCGUACGCACAGAGCCCAUUUUCUUCUCACAUUUUCCUUUUUAUCAGCUAGUGGCAAUAAUCAUAGCCUAAUAAGGCCAUAUUGGUAAAUCCAUCAACCCGAAUUUCACAUAUACACCAACAUAUAUCGUUCACAAAGUAUAGCACUCUAAGACUCAUCAUUACCGC